AUGAUCGGCGCGCAGACGCCCUCCGCACCGUCGGUCAUGACCCAGUCGGCGUCCGCGGAGGCGCUGAAUCGCGUGAUGUCGAACGAGAUGCCGACGGCGUUCGACGAAAAGUUGAGCAAGGCGCUCGAUGACAAACUGCGGGAAGAGGACGUGUACGAAGACGCGGACGAGUGCGUGCGACGCGAGGAGGUGCUGGGGGAGAUAAACGCGUUGUUGCAAGACUGGGUGCUGGCGGCGAGCGAGCGAAAGGGGAUCACAGAGGAUAUGCGGCCGUCGUGUAACUUGUACACGUUUGGGAGCUAUAGAUUGGGCGUGCACGGACCGGCUGCGGAUAUCGAUACGCUGUGCCUCGGGCCGAGACAUCUGAGCCGAGAGGAGGAUUUCUUUGGAUGGGAUGAGAAUGAUUACGAAGGGUCGUUUUAUGACGUGAUGCGGAAACACCCUGGAACGGAGAGCAUCGUGCCCGUGCGCGACGCCAUCGUGCCAGAAAUCAAACUCGUGUUUAGAGGUUUUGAAAUAGAUAUGGCGUACACGAGCUUACCGUCGUACACGCACGUGCCAGAGGACUUAGACGUGUGUCAGACGUCGGUGAUGAUGAAUUUGGACGACCCAGGGGUGAAAUCCCUGAAUGGUUGUCGCGUGGCGGAUCAGUUGUUGCGCGUCGUGCCAAACCACGACGCGUUUCGAGUGGCGCUUCGCACGUUGCGUCUGUGGGCGCAGCGGCGCGGGGUGUAUAGCAACGUCGUCGGGUUUUUCGGUGGCGUAAACCUGGCGAUUUUAGUAGCGCGCGUGUGUCAGUUGUACCCCAACGCCGCACCUUCCAUGCUCGUGUACAGCUUUUUCCAACUAUGGUCGGCGUGGCAAUGGACGACGCCGGUGAUGCUCGUACCCAUCGUCGACGAAGGCUUACCCGGGAUGCGAGUGUGGGACGAGCGUGUGAACAAGGCAGAGCGAUAUCAGUUGAUGAAAAUCUUAACUCCGGCGUAUCCGGCGCAAAACUCUACGUUCAACGUGAGCGUCAGCACGCUCGAGGUGCUCAAAGCCGAGUUCAAGCGCGGCAAGGAAGUGACCAAGAUGAUUCUUUUAAACACCGCGAAGUGGGAGCAGCUGUGGUGUUCGUUGAACUUUUUAGAAAAAUACAAGCAUUAUUUGAUGGUUACCAUCUCGGCCAAGAACGAAGAUGACUUUAAGAAGUGGGAAGGUUGGGUCGGCUCGCGAAUCAAGCUUUUAAUCCAAGGCAUCGAAAACGCCACGGGAGGGCAAAUGCUUGCGCAUCCCGGCACGUCGAGGUACAAAGAUCCGGAGAAGGACGAAAACUCGCACGUCACGCUGUUCUUGGGGUUAUUUCCUUCGAGCCUGAAGAAGAAGGAGGAGAAGGUUUCGCUCAACUUGAAUCCCGCGGUGGAGCAGUUCCAAAUGACUGUGACGUCGUGGAUGGAUCGCGCGACUGGGGAAUCGAACUGGGUACCCGGGAUGCAGGCGAACGUCAAAUAUUUGAAGCGCAAGGAUUUACCGAGCUUCGUGAAAGAAGAAAUCGACGGCUACGUCAAGGACAUCUACGCGCCGGAGAAGGAGAAGAAAGCGGCGAGCGCGGAGGACGAGGAAAAGAAAAUCUCCGAAGAGAAACCUUUGCCCCUGGGAGACGAUACGAAGGCGGCUCGCAAACGCAAAGAAAUGCAAGAAGACGAUUCAAUCACGCAAUUGGACUCGCUCAACGAUGAUUUACACGCGGGGACGGAGACCGCGGCGGCGAAGAAGGUCAAAGUGAGCUUCGCGCAAGUCGUCGCGAAGAAAUAG